AUGUCGUUGCAGAUUUGCCGUGAACACGCUACUCAGAAGUUGGUGUCUACGAUCGGCCCAUUCACACCUUCCGAAGAAAACACCAACUAGACCAGCUUGACUCAGCGAGUCGGCCAACCCCGUGACCAGACACGUGCUACGGACGUCGUUGCAGCAAGCAUCGGGACUACAUAAGCCAGCGCCGCGAAGAACAGCGUGGAAUUCACGGCCCUGACACUGUCACGCUCACACCGUCGAUAUCGUUGCAGAAAUAUGAUCGCACUCAGAGAGUGGCUUAAAGUCGGCACUGCGGUUUUUAAAUGUGGAACGCGCAGACCGAAGGCUUUUUCACCAAAGACAAGCAGUUACAGUUCGGACACCUUGGGAAGCAUGGCAUCCCAGGCUCUGAGGGACUCAUACAAGAAAAACUUUCUGGUACAGGAUUAUAUGGAAAUGUAUGCGCACUAUCCUCCGGAAGGUGCUGCUCUUGCAGGACGACGACUACGAGGCAUAUUUCACUCAGAUCUGGUUCAAGGCGAUACUCUCUUGGAAGUGGGCAGCGGUCCUUCGGUUUGGUGCUCGCUCGUGGCCUCCAGUCGAUUCAAGCACAUCGUUCUGAGCGACAUAGUAGAAGCCAACAGGCUCGAACUUGAGAAGUGGCUCAACAAGGAUGAAGAUGCCAUCGACUGGACCACGCGUGCCGAGGAGAUAGCUGACUUGGAAGGCUAUAGUGACAAGAAGAAAGGGGCGUUGGAAAUCCUCGAGCGCACACGCUCGGCCAUCCGCAAGGUUCUCCCCUGCGACGUCCUGGAGCCUGGAGUGCUCCCGGAGGAACACAGGGAAACCUUCGACGUCGUCCUCUCCUCCGGAUGCUUGGACUCGGCCACAGCAGACCACGAAUCGUUCCGAAGGGCGCUUAGCAACGUGGGAGAUCUCGCAAAACCUGGCGGCCUGCUUGUCCUCGUGGGCGCUGGCGGAGUAAAGAGUUAUCCUGUGGGAAACGUUGACUUUCCCCACGCGAACCUCACGAAAGAUGCGUUAUAUCAAGCCGUAGCAGAUGCUGGCUUUCAGAUGAAGCUAUAUCGAUUCGUUGCGUUUGGGGCUACACUGGGCAGUCCAGACGUAUUCCGAUUUGUCCUGGCGGCUCGUAAACCCUGAUUCGGCUCAUAAAAAUGCGCUUCACUUUGUGCGAGAUAAUUCUGUGUGCCAGGUGUUGCCAUUUAACUCUCAACAUGCGUGCCUGCACAAAUAAAUAUUUAGUGAUUCCAACUUUAAUUUUAAAUCGCGUUGAAGUAAAAUCACCUUCUAUGUGAAAGUCCUUAGAAUAUUAAAUAAUAUCUGAUUUUAGAAUUCCAGAUAUUAAAGACUACGAUAGCAGUAAA